AUGGCGUCCAAAAUACUCCCGAUGGGCACCAUGCUGGUCGGCUUCUUCGGCGCCAUCAGCUCCAGCGUGCCCAUCAUCGCCAUCAUGACGUCACCGUCACUGCGACGUCAGCCCAUGUUUCGGACCAUCACUAACCUGGCCCUCUGCGAGACCUGGUUCCUCAUCUGCGGAGGCGUUCUCGGCACGGUGAACGUCAUCGGCGUCAAGCUGACGCCGGUGGCGUGCGCCGUCUUCCAGUCCCACAACCUCAGCAUCGGCAUCGGAAGCUCGGCGGCUCUGGUGGUGGUCUCCGUGGAGCGGUACGUGUCUGUGGUGCACGGCCUGCGGUACAGCGCGCUGCUGACCCCGCGCCGGCUCUGGCUGCUGCUGCUGGCGCCCUGGCUCGUCAUGGGCGUGUCGUGGGUCACCUUCUCCACCCUGGCCGCCGGUCUGAUGGUGGACACGUUCGGUCACUCGCCUCUCCACUGCCGAUUCCUGGACGUGAUGCCGCCGCCGCUGAAACUGGCCGCCACCGGCAGCGCCACCGUCAUCUGCGUGCUGAUCGUGGUGCUGAACGGCGUCAUCAGCCGGGUGGCGGUGCGCCAUCAGCACGCCAUCAGCAGCCAGCUGCAGCUGGUCGGCAGGGAUACUGAGGAGAACGUCAGCGCCUACUGGGGCGUGCUGCGCGUCACCGCCAUCUACGUCCUCUUUUCAG